AUGCUCUCGCCCACUACUAACCUGUCCAGCUGCAGUGGUGUGCCUGCGGGGAAAGCCAAGACUCUCUGGAUACAACAGUGUCUAAAUGUGCAUAGAAGUGUGUACAGUCCAUCACAGCCGCAGCUGCCCGAGCGCACCACGGAGACUGAGAAGGGGUCAGCGCGCCCACGGACGCCCGGGGAGAGCAGAGGGAAGGCGGACAGACUCACCCUGAAGGCGCAUCUAAGAGGAUCAGUCAUGGAGCACCCUGGGGAGUACUCCACGGUCCUGGGACAGAUCCUGUCAGAGCUCAAGUCUAAACAUCAGAGUGUGUCCCACCCAGAGCUGUGUGGAUGGCUGUGCUCGCGCUUUGACCUGGUGCACCUGGCCAAACUGCGCAGUGUGCUCUUCCACAGUGCCAGCCAGGACCCCUCCUUCCCUGCCACACUCUUCAGAGACCGGAUGCGCUGCUCCUCAGUUGACCCUCACUCUAAAAAACUUCAGGUGGCUGCGGAUGUCGUGUCCAUGUUUAAUCUUAUCCACAGCAGAAGCCCAGCCAAAGAGAGGCUUCCUAUGUCCCGAGCCCCUCUGAUCAAAAAUCACUCUGUCGGGUCAACUGACUACCACCCACCUCACCCGCCUCACCCGCCUCACCCUCUUCACGGCUCUGCCCACAAACACAAGCAAGGAGCAGAGAGCGGCCUGCACCACUUUAUUCCUGCCUCCGACCCCAACUUCCUGCUCCGAGUGAGUAAAGACCUGAAAUGUAGAGCGGCUUCUCUAGACAAACUACACCCCCUUCCUCUCUAUGGCCCUGGGCCCCUGGGUCCCUCCUGUGAGAUGCAGAGUACGUACUUCCCAAUGGAUGUAGACAGUGAGGCAAGCACAGAGCUCGAGUCGCUCUCACAACCACAGCUAGGCCCUCAGGAGCCCCGCGCUGCACGCUCCUGUGUCCACAAGAGGAAUGUUUUCAAAGAAGACUUUCACAAUAUGUCUGCGUUCUCGCCAAAGGUGCAUCGACAGGCCAGUGAUUGUGCCGAGGGUAUCCACCAGAGAGAGCUCCACAGACCUGCUGUGUUCUUUAAUCACAGUUUUGAACUGCCUUGUACCAAUCCAUACAUGGACCCAGGAUUCAACUCUCCACUUGAUGAGAGACAUCGCGCCAAGCAUGAAAGUCUGGAUGACCUACAAGCGUCCACAUACUUUGGCCCAAGCACUGUGUCAGAGAGCGUGAGUUCCCGGAGGUUCCCCGACAGAGAACCCCCCCACAAAGGUAACAGCAAAGCAGGCAGACCAACCCGGCCAGUCAAGAGCUUCAGUCUCAACACAGAUUAUGUACCUGCACCCAGCACCAAACCCAUGGCAACCAAGAGACCUCUCAGGAACAUGGCUGCGAUCAAUGGGGAGAGAGAACCAUCUAAAACAGAGUCUCCAGCUUUCAACAAGAAAGUAAGUGAUUUCAAAGGCCAGGAGGUAUCACCCCUGAGCAACGGUCCUGACUGUGUGGAGAGAAAGGGGGACAGCCCGUGGUUUGAGGGCAGGACUGCAAGCCGAGGUUUCCAAAGACCUGAUGUGGCCUCCAACGUGGGCACACAGACGGAGAAGGGCAGUGAGCCCAAGAGACUCAGGAGCUUCAGUCGAACAGACUCUGAGAUGAUCAGUGACGACAUCAGCGACAUCUUCCGCUUUUUGGACGACAUGAGUGUGUGCGACUCACUGAACAUGAUCCAGUCCUCUUGUUACAACAGCACCGGCUCUCUCUCCCAGCUCACUCUGAGGUCCGACAGCUCUCCAGAGCGCAGCACGGUUCGUCUGGCUAAGUCCAGACUGGACAGUCUUUUCCACUCUCUGGACAAUAGUGAUGACGAGCUCAAGUCAAACGUGCACCGCCUAGUACAGAGAAUCGGAGAGAUAGAGAAGAAGCUUGAGUCUCUGUCUGGGGUCCGCACUGAGAUCACCCAGCUCCUGUCCAAACUAAACCAGCUGGACCACAAGGUGGACCCUCUGAUGGACACACACAAAACGGACACACAUUGGGACACUCCACAGUACACUUCACUGGUCAUACGAGUGGACUUUCUAACAUCCAAUCCGGUGGACACACUAGUGGACACACCACUAGUGGACAUGCUACUAGUGGACAUGCAAGCGAUCAUAGUGGUGGACAUGCUAGUGGUCAUAGUGGUGGACAUGCUAGUGGUCAUAGUGGUGGACAUGCUAGUGGUCAUAGUGGUGGACAUGCAAGCGAUCAUAGUGGUGGACAUGCUAGUGGUCAUAGUGGUGGACAUGCUAGUGGUCAUAGUGGUGGACAUGCUAGUGGUCAUAGUGGUGGACAUGCUAGUGGUCAUAGUAGUGCACAUGCUAGCGGUCAUAGUGGUGCACAUGCUAGUGGUCAUAGUAGUGCACAUGCUAGCGGUCAUAGUAGUGCACAUGCUAGCGGUCAUAGUGGUGGACAUGCUAGUGGUCAUAGUAGUGCACAUGCUAGUGGUCAUAGUAGUGCACAUGCUAGUGGUCAUAGUAGUGCACAUGCUAGUGGUCAUAGUAGUGCACAUGCUAGCGGUCAUAGUGGUGGACAUGCUAGUGGUCAUAGUAGUGCACAUGCUAGUGGUCAUAGUGGUGGUCACGUUACUGGACAUGCUGGUGGUCAUGCUGGUGGACACUCUAAUGGACACUCCAGUAAACAGCACAAGCGUGGACAUUCCCAUACAUUGGCGGACUGGAGUAGUUCUCAGGUGA